AUGGCGAUGCCCCCGUCGACCUCGGCUACUUUGAUAGGCUAUUUUCCACAGAACGGGCCUGGUAUAACGGAUGUCGUGGUCGAAACUAUCCUCCUCUUCCUAGGUUUCGUUUCGCUAGGGCUAAGGCUAUGGUCAAGACGGAUACAGAGGGCGCAACUGCAACUGAACGACUGGUUGAUUCUCUUUGCUAUGCUAAUCAUGACUACGCGAUAUGGGAUCGAAGUAACUCUUGUCGUGAAAUGUGGAAUGGGGUUCCACAUUGGUGUCGUAGAAGAAGUCGGGGGUGAGGAAUUGGUUGCUCUCUUUUCCUUGCUCCUCUACAUCAUGGACUGCUUUUGGGUGACCCUCGUCACUCUAGUAAAGCUCUCCAUCCUGCAUUUCUACCUCCAGGUGUUCCGCCAACCAAUAUUCAAACGGGCCGUCUACGCAGGCAUAGGGCUCUGCGUCGCCUUCUGGUUCGGCGCUUUCUUCGGCACCGCCUUGUUCUGUAUUCCGCCUAACAAACUAUGGUAUCCGAAUACACCAGGCCACUGCGGAGAUAACAACAAGAUGUACACUGCGUGUGCAACGUCUGACCUAGGCAUAGACGUAAUCAUCAUCUUACUCCCUAUGCCGAUUCUAUGGCGUCUCCAAAUGGCGACAUCUAAAAAAAUCGCCUUGACCUUCGUGUUUGGGCUUGGCUUUGUUAUCAUCUCCAUAACCGCCGUUCGCAUCAAGUAUAUGCUCGAGAUGGACCCUCUUGACCGCACAUAUAGUAUCUCGCAGAUCGCCCUCUUCUCUGCCAUCGUCCCCUUACUUGGCAUCAUCAAUGCAAGCAUGCCCAUCAUCCCCCCGGCUCUGCGCAAAAUCUCCAAGUCGUCUUUCCUCUCUACCACCAUUAAAAAACUAGCCAGUUCGAAGAGUAGCGACCGCCACUUUGAGAUAUUACCUGAGCCCGAGUAUCCACUCGUGAACGUAAGCGGUAAUCGAGGGGCAUAUGCCGUAGAGAACCGUGAUCAUAUACAGGUUACAACUGAUUGGGAAAUUUACUCCACCGAGGCAACGGAUCGGCUUCCAAGCAAGACUGAUAAUAAUUCGGCGCGCUCGGGUGGGUUCAGGAUAUGA